AUGGCUGGCCGUGCGCUGUUGGUGUACGCCCUCUGCGCGCUGUGCUGCGCCGCCGGCGGGGGCUGGGCGUGGCCUAUGGAGUACUGCAAAGAUGAGCAUUGGACGCUUUUGAAGGCGGUUAAACCCGAGAAAUGUUACACAGAACUUCUCCAAGAGUACUGUGGCCGCAACACGGAGUUUGUGGCGCGAGCCAUGAGGAAUGCCACUGAGCUUGAGAAGGGCGGUCCGUGUGGUGCGGAGUUGCGGCGCCAAGCUGCCGUUGGUGAUGAUCAGGGUGGUGGCUCACGUGCCGGGACGGGUCACAGUGCUGCAGCGCCUUCUCAACCGGGUGGUGCUACCCAAAGAAACGCAGAGGAGUCGCCUGUGCGAGCGCACGGGGCGCAGGAAGCCGGCGGUCCCUCCACAGCCGUUCCUGGGGCCGCGCCCACCGCAGGUGGAGGGGAUCACUUGAGUCCGGAGAGCGGAGGAGAACAAACAGCCUUGUCCUCUGCUACAGCUGGGGGCGUGCCUGCUGUCGACAGUCCGACUCAAGAGGGCACGGUGGGGAACGCCGCCGGGGCUUCACCGCCUGAGAGCGCGGUGCAACGAAGCCCGGUCCAGCGCGACAAUACCCCCGCAGCUACGGCAGUCGCUGGGGAAGCUUCAGAUGCGGCACAAGACACUCCCGGUGGCGGGGAAAGUAAUAACCUCGGGAGUAUCAGCGACAGCAGCCCCGCGGUGCAGCCGCAGCCGGCGAGUUCCGUGGGGACAAACGAAGCUGGUCAGCGAGAACAAGAGCAGCCCGCAGUGCCCACACCCAAGCAAGAAACGGAAACGAGUGGCGAGAGAGGAGAAGCCACUCAGCCGGCAGCGGGGACGGCUGCUCAAGCGGCGACCACCACCACCACCAACUCGACGAGUGCAACGAAGGCGGUGUCUGGCGACAGCGACGGCAGCAGCACCGCGGCCGCGCACUCCGCCUCCCCCCUUGCGCUGCUUCUUCUGCUUGCGUGUGCGGCUGCCGCAGCGGUGCUGGCCGCGUGA